GUGUGCGCAUGCGCAGUGCGCCUGCAUAGAGCUGAAGCGCAGACAGCGCUAUGAGAGACGAGAGAGAGAAAAACACCCCUUAUCUGUAGAGAAAGACUCAAAAGUUCACUCGUUUCGCACAAAAUCCUUUCUACGACUCACUCAGGUCACAUAUCGUACCGUGUUUCUAUGUCUGUGAUGCGGAGUGUCUGAGAGGGUUCAUUGAGUCUCUGCUGAGAGUGGCAUCCCACAGAACUGCCCUCAUCUGCCAAGCUCUCCGCUCUGGAAGGCUCGCAAAACUCCCACAAGUGAGAUUCAGCAUUCUGACUGAGGAUGGCUUGUUUUGAGGCUGAGGUCAGUAUGCACUGUUAGUCAUUGUUUCCAGUCACUCUGACGGCUGUGUCUCUGAGCUUGAGCCCAGGGAUGACAUGGAAACACAACCUGCUGAUCUCUGAACACAAGGCCGAGCAGUGAGCUAAAUCAGGGACGUGGAAGGGUGAAAGCAGGCCAUGUCACGGGUUCCCACACCCCCUCCCCCAGGGGAAAUGACAUCAGGACCUGUGGCGGAAAGCUGGUGUUAUACACAGGUGAAAGUUGUGAAGUUUUCUUACAUGUGGACGAUUAACAACUUCAGCUUCUGUCGGGAGGAGAUGGGAGAAGUCGUAAGGAGCUCGACCUUCUCCUCAGGCCCCAACGACAAGAUGAAAUGGUGUUUGCGAGUGAACCCAAAGGGUCUGGAUGAUGAGAGUAAAGAUUAUCUCUCUCUGUACUUAUUGCUUGUCAGUUGCCCAAAAAGUGAAGUGAGAGCAAAGUUCAAGUUUUCUUUACUGAACGCCAAAAGAGAAGAAACUAAAGCCAUGGAAAGCCAAAGAGCCUACCGCUUCGUCCAGGGAAAGGACUGGGGCUUCAAGAAGUUCAUCAGGAGAGAUUUCUUGCUGGAUGAAGCUAAUGGACUUCUUCCUGAUGACAAGCUCACUCUGUUCUGUGAGGUGAGUGUGGUUCAAGACUCCGUAAACAUCUCUGGCCAGUCAAACACAAACAUGCUGAAGGUUCCGGAGUGUCAGCUUUCCGACGACCUGGGUAACCUGUGGGAAGGCUCCAGGUUUACAGACUGCAGCUUGUUCGUGGGAGGGCAAGAGUUCAAAGCGCACAAAUCCAUACUGGCAGCGAGGUCUCCCGUAUUCAAUGCCAUGUUUGAACACAAAAUGGAGGAGAGUAAAAAAGUAAGUGAUAAGAUGUACACUACCAUCAAAUCUUUAAUUCAUUAUGAGGAGGCUCUCUGUAACAGUUUGUCUGUAGAGAAUGUGGCUGACAUCCUCAUUCUGGCUGACCUGCACAGCGCAGAGCAGCUUAAAGCACAAGCCAUAGACUUCAUUAAUAGAUGCAGUGUUCUUAGACAGCUGGGCUGUAAAGAUGGGAAGAACUGGAAUAGCAAUAAUGCCGCAGACAUAAUGGAGACCGCAGGUUGGAAAGCGAUGAUUCAGUCUCAUCCUCACUUAGUGGCCGAGGCAUUCCGGGCUCUCGCUUCAGCCCAGUGCACCCCUUUUGGUCUGCCUAGGAAACGGCUAAAACAGUCCUGACCUUUGCCCUCACAGACUGCUUAGAACAAAACGCAUGAGGAGGCAACUACCCCACCAAGCCCUAUUUCCCCCUCCUUUUUGCCCCCUUCUUCACUCACCCGUCACCCUUACCAGAGACCGGAUAAAGGAGCUAGUUCAAACCACAGUGCUCAAAAAGAAAUGGACUUCGCCAUGCUGGUUACUUAGGGCAUCAUUUCAAAAAAUGGCCUUAAAGGAUCUGCCCCUUCGCUCCUUGGUGUCUCUACUUGUAGCUACGUGCCUGCUGCAACUGAUCCCAGACCUGUCUGGACUGCACUAGCUCCCACAUAAUGCAGUAGUUUUAACAUGGUGGUGUUUAGGACCUUAUAUGUUACAUGUUCUUGAGGGGGAGGGUUGCAUUAGCCCUUCUUGUGAACUUGUGGUCUGACGUUUAAAAAAUAAAACAACAACACAAGUAUACACUCACUAAACGCAUACCCACGCACACGCAUCGAGUGCAAAGAUCAUCUCCACUGACACUUUUAAAGUGAUGAUGUUGCUGGCAGAAUGUCACAUUGUAUGUCUAUCAGCAUUAAAAUUGGCGUAAGUAUUAACUGAGGUCGUGCUGUAGAAUACUUGGUGAAAUGUGAUGAAAUUCACAUUAUGAGUAUUACACGAGAACGGCUAAAGACGUCGAUAUUUUGCACCAACUUAAACUAAUGGUAAAUAUGAAGAUUUGUUUACCGUGUUGUUUACAGAACUUGUUUUCCCCUUUUUCGCACAUAGUUUUGACUUUAGUUGAAGUUAUUUUCCAUGGUUUAACAUACUCUAUGGAUCAGGAGAGUUCUUUGUGUUUGAAAAAAAAAAUGUAUUGUGGUUCAAAAG